AUGGAAGAGAACGCGCCGCUGAGCUUGCCUUCUGCACAACAAACUGAUCAGGAGAACCUCACAGUAGGUGGGUCUCUCGUACAGCCCGCUGGUCCAGCUCGAAAGAACUUUAUGACAGCCGAUGAUCUGAUUUCACUGCGCGCUGUCAACACGAUCAAGCCGGGGGAAUCCGCGAUGAAUAAGGGGAACCCUGAGAAGUAUGUGUAUCUUAAUAGUCGCUUACAAUUCGAGAAGUACGAGACCAAAAGAAUGAGAGAGCACGAGUUAAAACUGGAACAGCAGCGUCAAGAAGCUGAGCGCGCACGUGAUGAGCGUAUGCAAGCUGCUGAACGUGACUUCGAGAAGUUUAUGUUGCAGCUACUGGAAAUAGCUCUCGGACGUGCAAAAGACAAACAGUAA